CCAAGAUACAAUGAUGAGAACCGCAAUAUCUCCACACGAACGACUAAGUGCAACGCUAAGGUAUUUAGCAACUGGAAGAAAUUACCAAGACCUAAAAUUUACUACAGUAAUAUCUGCACAAGCCUUCAGCGAAAUAAUUCCCGAAACAUGUCAAGCAAUCUACCAAUUUUUACACAAAAAAUACAUGAAGUUUCCCACAACAGAAGCAGAAUGGAGAAGUAUUGCUCGAGUCUUUGAAGCCCGUUGCAACAUUCCAAAUUGUAUAGGGGCGGUGGAUGGCAAACAUGUAAAUUUAAUACCGCCACCAAAUAGCGGAGCAUAUUAUUAUAACUACAAAGGCUACUAUAGCUUAGUAUUGAUGGCCAUAUAUGACGCAAAUUGUGAAUUCAUAAUGUGUGAUUUUGGUGUGAAUGGACGAAUAUCAGAUGGAGGGGUUAUUGCAUACACUCAGUUUUACAAAAAACUUAAAAGUGGAAGUCUACGGCUGCCACAGCCCUCAAAUCCACAAAAUAGUCAAAGAGAACUGCCGUUCGUGUUCAUUGGUGAUGAGGCUUUUGCAUUACGUGCAGAUUUUUUAAAACCUUAUAGUCAGAGAGAUCUGGAUCAUGACAGAAAAAUUUUCAGUUACCGAUUAUCUCGAGGAAGAAGCAAAAUAGAGAAUUCAUUUGGAAUAUUGUCUGCAAGAUUUCAAGUAUUUCAAACUGCUAUUCGGUUACACUUAGAAUCAAUAGACAAAGUGGUAAUGGUUUGCUACGUUCUUCAUAAUUUUUUAAGACGUAAGUGUGGCAAGUCAUAUACACCCCCAGAGUGUUUUGACCAAGAAAACAUAAUGGACGGUACUGUACAAGUAGGACUUAGACCAAAUUCAAAUCUUUUCGCCGGUCUGCAUGGUGGCUAUGGUAGAAACUUUACCAGAGAAGAAAAUCAAGUGCGACAAUUAUUUACUCAGUACUUUAAUCAAGAAGGUGCUGUUUCUUGGCAAGAACGAAUGAUACAUUAGUAUUUGAGCGAAUUUAAAAUAGUU